CACAGCUCCUCGACGUGAGCUCACAGUGCUUGCUUGUUCUUUUCUUUGUGUCUUCCACACAAGUGCUCCUUAGACAUGGAGAGCUGUGUGCCACGCUGGACUUGCCUGCUGCUCGCUACUCUUCCUCUUUUUCUUGCGCCACUAGGGAUGUGCCUGGAUGUUGUAGGUGCUAAAGAAGCCCAUUGUACUCAGAAUGGUCAGGUGUACGCUGACAGGGAUGUCUGGAAACCUGAGUUCUGCCUGAUCUGCGUGUGCGAUGCUGGGAACAUCCUGUGUGAUGACGUCGUGUGUGAGGAGGUCCUGGACUGUGAGCAGCAGGACUUGGUACAGGGAUUGUGCUGCCCAGUCUGCCGGAACGCAAGUGAUGGAGACGGAGUGGGUAAUGAACUCGGCUGCUCCCAGAAUGGUCAGGUUUACGCUGCGCAUGACAUCUGGAAACCUGAGCCAUGUCAGAUCUGCAUGUGCAGCAACGGGGCUGUCGUGUGCGAAGCGGUCCAGUGUGGGGAGGUCGGGAACUGCAUGAAGCCAUACCUGCCGCCUGGAGAAUGCUGCACAAUAUGCCAGGACAAGGGUAAAGAAUUCAGCUGCUCCCAGAAUGGUCAGGUGUACGCCGACCAGGACGCCUGGAAACCUCGGCCCUGCCAGAUCUGCGUGUGUGACCACGGGACCAUCUUGUGUGAAGAGUUUAAGUGUGAGGAGAUCCUGAACUGCAAUCAGCCGUACCUGCCACCUGGAGAGUGCUGCCCCGUGUGCCAGGACGGUGACGAUGGAGGCAUUGUGGCCCGGAAAAGACGGCAGACGAGGGCAAGCAACGCUUACCGUGUUAGGCUCCGCCCUGCCCAUUCUGGACGUUACAAAAGGCGGCAGAGACCUGAAGGUGGCAUCCAUGUGUGACCCGGAUAUAAGACCAAAAGGGGCCCCCGAGUGACACCAAAGAAGUGCUUAUUCAUCAGCGUCCUUUCUGUUGUGCCCUUGCGCACCCUUCUGUUUUCUGUUGCCAAAAUGAAAAUAAUUUAAAAUAAAUUUAAAAAAAAUAUGAUUAUCAAGU